AUGAAUAACGUAGCCAGAGGCGGAAGAACAUUUUCAAAAGAGCUUGAGGAAAUUCAGUCAUGGUAUUCUCUGGCGAAUCAGCUGAGGUCAGGGCUCUUUGGUCAGGAUGCUGUGUCUGAACUGCCGUCGAUUAAACGUCUCUCUGAAGAAAGUGCAGAACUUGUUAAGGAGAUGGACUCUCUGAAGAAAGAGCUUGCAAUGAAAGUGAAGUUUAUUGAGGCUCAGUAUGAAUCCAGGCUGCAGGAAGAGGCGGAGGCCUUGUACACAAGAAUUAAUUACAAAGUCAAAGCCUUUGAGAACCACCACAAAGAGAAAAUCAAUGUCCUGCGUAAUAGCUAUCAAGAGCAGUUUGCUGAUGCAACAGCUUUGAUGCAUAUCAAACGAAGAGAGGCCAGGCGUUGGAGGUUGUGCCGAAGUGAUACAGGACGAGUGCGGGACCCUCUUAAACCGAGCUGCAGGAGUAGGACUUCAAGAUUAAAUAUGAGCGAGCAGCUCCGAGAGUAUGAGGAGAAAGCUUUGCUGGAGAUCGGUUCUGGGGCCGUAGACGAUCCAGAGAAGGCCUGGCUGAAGACGGAGAACGCGAGGCUCAAAGAUGACGUCGGCGCCUUGCACGACGAAAUGGAGCAAAUCCGUCGAGCUCUGGCUGCCAGGGACUAGAGCUUAAAGCAUCUGGCCUCAGAUAUUUUGCAGCUGCAGUCAAAGGCGGAAGAUGCCAGGAAAACCCUGGAAAAGCUGUAGAGUGAAAAUGAGCAACUGAAAGUACAAGUGGAGCUUGAGAAUGAAAGUGGGAGAAAGAAGAUGGCCAAAGUGAGGCAGGACCUGAAGAAAGAGUUUGAGUCCAUCAAGAACUCCCACCAGGAGGAGAGACUAGCUGCGGAGCAAAAGUGGGAGGAGGACAGACUGGUCAAGCAGAGAGACCCACAGGCACUGGCCCGGGACACUGAGCUCAGGGCCUGGCCUGCAGCCGUCCCAGUGCAGCAAUUUACACAUGAGGAGCUGACACAAGAACUGCAGAGACUGAGGAAAGCAGAAGUGAUGCAGAAGCAGCAAAUUGACAGGUUCGCACAGUCGCCACGAUCCAUGCGAAACCGAGCAUGGGAGAAGAAGUUUGAGAUUCUCAAGGGGAGCUUCCACGCCAUCAAGGACGAGAUGUUCCUGCGCCAGAGCCUGCAGCGACAGGCGACACCACUGCACCAGGCGCCAGUCACCUACGCCGUGAGUCCGUCUGGGCCUCUGAGCUGGGCCUGGAUCAGAUAAGGCCUGGGCCUUGGGCGUGUGCCCACAUGUCACUUUGGAACUGACACUUUUGCAAAUGAAUGUUGAACAGCUCAGGUUUGUUUCUUUUUCUUUUGUUAAAACUUUCUUCAGAACAUAAAAUCUAUAAAUAGCACAGAGCCUAAAACUCCUCCGUUCAGUAUGAGCCUCACACACCAAGAGGCCAGGGUUACCGUCAUGUCACUGCAAAUGAAGUCUGCACCUGUAGCUAGUCACAUGCAAACACGUUUACUCACACCCACACACACACAUGCCCACUCAGACACACACACACACACACACACACACACACACCCGAGGUUAACCCAGAUCAGACUUUAACAGGUGCAAGGUUAUUAGCCCUCUCGAGCUGGGCCUCAUUUGCUGGCUGAUGAAUAUGCAUAGGUUUGUGCUUGGCUUGUUUUUGUGGUGCCCUGCUCUCCACACUGCAUUGAGUGCCGGCUGCAGAGAAUGCGUCCUGCAUCACCUCAUUCCCUCUACGCACUAGUGUUGCCCCAUGGCACUGGAUACACAAAUGCAGAACCGGUAAAUGCGCAUGCGUGUGUGUGUGUGUGUGCGUGCGCGCGCUUGUGUGUGUGUGUCUUCAGAAAGGUCUCAGAUUUGUCUCUUUUGUAGAUGGAUGUUCCUGUCUUUUGCCAGGGCCCGAGUCCAGAAGGAACUCAUUGUAAAAGGGGUUGCUUUCCCACUAGGUCUCCUCUGCCCUCUAUAGGUACAGGGGCUCCGCAGCCAGUAAGCUAUACAGACGAGGCUGGGCACAUACGUCAGCUGAGAGGACGAGAAUCCCAGGGGUUGAGUGAAGAUGAAGAUGAUGAUGAAUUGGCUAGGAUUCUCUCUCUCCCUCCCCCUUCAGACCAGCAGACAGCGGUUUACACAGCACUUCAAAGUUCCCAUAAUGCGUAAACAAAGCCUGUGGGGACUUUUAACUGGCUUUAAUUGACUCCGGCCCUGAAUGGCCAUAAUCCGCCACGCCCCCGAAGCCCGAAUGCCUGUUGCAAGCACCCAAGACGGGGAGGAACCGUGUUGCGUUCUGCAGCCAGCGUGUGGAGCCAUCCAAGAAUGCACCGUAGCUUUCAGCAUGCUCCGCAUGGCACAAAGCCCAGCGGAAUACCACGCCUUGGACAGGGUCUGAAUGGCUGGAACAAUAUACGCCGAUCCGCUCCGGCUUCCUGUCUUCCUCUCUUGUAUUUUCCUCGGCUCUGCUGUGGCUUGUAGGAUAAUAUGUGCAAUGGAAUGGAGGCAUUACAUUAGUUAUCACCAUCACAGGGGCACCAACAAACAGGAGUUGUUGACUCCUAUGUGUUUAGUUCAGAUUAAUUAACUCCCUCUUUAUUAGGGUUGUUCAGAUUACUUUAUAAAUUAA